UUUUUCUCCCUCCGCGGAGGCAGAGAGGAGCGUGACUGCGAGGGGGGAGCGACGCCGACAGCAGCUCCGUCCGCCGGGACCGGCUCCACACUUGCGCGCGUGCGAAACUAACUCGCGGAGGGCAGAGAUUUUCGCUCGCGCGCGGGAGAGAGAGCGCGAGAGCGUGGGGAGAGGGGGAAAAAAGGGAAAUAACAUUAACGCGCCUGUCGCCUCCUGACAUGCAGGCAGCGACACCGAACACUUGAGCUGACGUUAACCCGUUAGCAGCGAGGGGCUCGCGAGCCGCCACGAAUAGAACCAGUCUCCACGAGCCCGGCCGGACGCCCGGGAACGGACCUCGUGCUCCUCUGGCCGCGGACUCGGAUCCCCGUCGCCGCCUCGUUCGCUCAACCCGGGCUGGCUCUAACUUGUGUUUCCUGGCUCUUGACUACCCGAAGUGGAUUUUUUUGUGCUAGACUUAGCGCGGUUCGGAGGAGGAGAGAAAUGCCAACGGUGGUGACAAAGAGGAGAUUCAGUGUUAGUCUUUGAUCCUGUCAGAGUGGGACGUGUCUAGCAGGGGACUGAGGAGGGAGCAGUGCCAACUUGGAACAUGGUUCCUAAUAUUCACCUGGCAGUGCCCCUCCUGCCCAGAGGGGUGUUGCCAUUCCUCCUCCUAAUCAGCUGCGUGAUGUUCUCCUCUCAAGCCGACAGCUUGCCAAGUUUUGUCAAAUCCCCAGAGGACCAGACGGGCAUCUCUGGCGGAGUUGCGUCGUUUGUGUGCCAGGCCACUGGGGAGCCCAAACCCAGAAUCACCUGGAUGAAGAAAGGCAAGAAAGUCAGCUCCCAGCGCUUUGAGGUGAUUGAGUUUGAUGACGGCUCAGGCUCUGUGCUGCGAAUCCAGCCACUGCGCACACACAGAGAUGAAGCCAUUUACGAGUGCACAGCCACCAACAGCGCUGGAGAGAUCAACACCAGUGCCAAGCUUACAGUGCUUGAAGAGAACCAGAUCCCCCAUGGCUUUCCUACCAUCGAUAUGGGUCCACAGCUGAAGGUGGUUGAGAAGACCAGAACUGCCACCAUGCUGUGUGCUGCCAGUGGAAACCCAGACCCAGAGAUCUCCUGGUUUAAGGACAUGCUUCCUGUGGACAUCAGCAGCAGCAACGGACGCAUCAAACAGCUUCGCUCAGGUGGGACACCAAUUAGAGGAGCUCUGCAAAUUGAGAACAGCGAGGAGUCCGACCAGGGGAAAUACGAAUGCGUUGCCAUGAACAGCGCUGGAACCCGCUACUCUGCUCCUGCCAAUCUCUACGUGAGAGUGCGAAGGGUCCCUCCCAGAUUCUCCAUUCCACCCACCAACCAAGAGGUCAUGCCUGGUGGCAGCGUCAACCUGACCUGCGUGGCGGUGGGCUCCCCCAUGCCCUACGUCAAGUGGACCAUGGGCCUGGUGGACCUGACAAAGGAGGAGGAGAUGCCCAUGGGACGCAAUGUGCUGGAGGUCACCAACAUCCGGGAAUCUGCCAACUACACCUGCGUGGCCAUUUCCUCGCUGGGCAUGAUUGAAGCCACAGCCCAGGUUACUGUCAAAGCUUUGCCAAAGCCCCCCACUUCUCUCAUUGUGACUGAAACCACAGCCACCAGCGUGACGCUGACCUGGGACUCUGGCAACCCAGAACCCGUUUCCUACUACAUGAUCCAAUACAGAGCCAAGUCUUCAGACAACGGCUUCCAGGAGGUGGAGGGCGUGGCCACCACGCGUUACAGCAUCGGCGGGCUCAGCCCCUACUCAGAGUACGAGUUCCGCGUCAUGGCUGUCAACAACAUUGGCCGUGGGCCGCCCAGCGACCCGGUGGAGACGCGCACCGGCGAACAGGCGCCCUCCUCCCCGCCGCUGCACGUCCAAGCUCGCAUGCUGAGCGCCAGCACGAUGCUGGUCCAGUGGGAGCCACCCGAGGAGCCCAAUGGGCAGAUCAGGGGCUACCGGGUCUACUACAGCUCGGACCUGACGGCGCCGCUCAGCGCCUGGCAGAAGCACAACACGGACGACAGCAGCCUCACGACCAUCUCAGGCCUGACUCCUGACAUCACCUACAGCCUCAGGGUGCUGGGCUUCACCUCUGUAGGGGACGGGCCGCCUUCUGACAUCCUACAGGUCAAAACCCAACAGGGAGUCCCUGCACAGCCAUCGAGCUUCGAGGCUGAAGCCGAGCUGGACACCCGUAUCAUGCUGACAUGGCUGUGGCCUGUACAGGACCCCAUCACUAAGUAUGAGCUGCAGUACUGGGAGGCUGGCUCAGACAAUAAGAUACAUGUGACCUUCAACCCAGCCGGAUCCUAUGCUGUCGAUGGCUUAAAACCGGACACCUUGUACCGCUUCUCGCUGGCAGCUCGCUCUGAGAUGGGGCUGGGCGUCUACACACAGCCCAUAGAGGCCCGCACUGCUCAGUCCACCCCCUCCGCACCCCCCCAAGAGGUACACCUGCUCAGCCUGAGCUCCACCAGCCUCAAGGUGAGUUGGGUGGCGCCGCCCGCCGCCAGCCGCCACGGCGCCAUAGUGCGCUACACGGUCAGCUACCAGGCCCCGGCCGGGGAGGACGCGGAGCGGCACGAGAUGACGGGCAUCGGGGCCGAUGCCACCAGCUAUGUGCUGGAGGGCCUGGAAAAGUGGACUGAGUAUCAGGUGUGGGUGAGGGCGCACACUGACGUGGGCCCAGGCCCCGAGAGUUCCCCAGUGAAGAUGAGAACCAGAGAGGAUGUGCCCGGAGCCCCCCCCAGGAAACUGGAGGCUGAGGCCAUAAACUCCACCGCCAUUCGCGUCACCUGGAAGCCGCCCCUGCAGGGCAAGCAGAACGGUCAGAUUCGAGGCUACCAAGUCAUCUUCUCCCGGCUUGAGAACGGCGAGCCUCGGGGCCAGCCGAGCAUCGUGGACGUGGCUCUGCCAGAGGCGCAGUGGAAUAUUGAGGAGUCCACCGAGCAUGAGGCCAUCAUUGGUGGAUUGCAGUCUGAAACCACCUACUCUGUCACCGUAGCAGCAUACACCACCAAGGGAGACGGAGCUCGCAGCAAGGCCAAAGUCAUCACCACCACGGGAGCAGUGCCUGGCAAACCCACCAUGAUGAUCAGCACCACCAUGGGCAAUACAGCUCUGAUCCAGUGGCAGCCACCUAAAGACAUGGUGGGGGAGCUGAUGGGCUACCAGCUGCAGUACAAGCGGACCGACGAGGACGCCUUCAAUUCACGUGAGCUGAGGAAGACGGACGACCACUUCACCGUCACCGGGCUGCACAAAGGCGCCACCUACGUCUUCCGCCUCAGCGCUCGUAACCGCGCAGGCAUCGGCGAGGCCUACGUCAAGGAGAUCAGCACCCCAGAGGAUGUGCCCUCGGGCUUCCCGCUGAACCUGCAAGUGACGGGUUUGACCCAGUCCAGCACCCAGCUGACCUGGGAGCCCCCGCUGCUGGCGGAGAGGAAUGGCAAAAUCACCUACUACGUGGUGGUGUAUAGGGACAUCAACAGUCAGCAGAACAGCACCAACCGCACAAGCGACACCCACAUGACCAUCCACGGCCUUAAUCCUGACACCACCUACGACAUACGGGUGCAGGCCUUCACCAGCAAGGGAGGGGGACCCCUCAGCCCCAGCAUUCAGAGCAGGACCAUGUCCAAUGAUUUUCCCACCCUGAACUUUGGUGUCAAGGCUGUCAUGAAAACAUCAGUUCUGCUCACCUGGGAUUUGCCUCCAAAUUACAAGUCCCAAGUACCUUUCAAGAUUCUGUACAACCAACAAAGCGUGGAGGUGCAGGGAAACCUGAAGAGAAAGCUGAUCACCCAGCUGCAGCCAGACACAGAAUACUCUUUUGUCCUGACGAGCAGAGGCAACAUUGCUGGAGGUCUGCAGCAGCAGGUGUCCAUCCGCACUGCCCCCGACCUGAUCCAGACCAAGCCCACCAAACAUCAGGCACAGGGCGACAAGCUGACCAUUAAACUGCCCAAUGUCCAGACGAGCACACGUGUCAGGUGGUACUACAUCGUGGUGGUGCCGGUGUCCCCGUCAACGCGGCGGUGGAAGAAUCCAGACGAAAUGGAUUUGGACGAGUUGCUCAAGUCAAGCGAAGGCCCCGUCUUGAGGCGCAAGCGUCAUCUGGAUUCCUCCAAGCCUUACAUAGCUGCCAAACUGGCUGCACUGCCAGCAAGCUUCACCCUGGGAGACGAGAAGAGGUACAACGGCUUCUACAACAGGCCCCUGACCAGUCAGCAGGAGUAUCUCUGCUUCGUUCUGGCCGUGCUCCGGAAUGAAGGCGCAGACAGCACCUCUAACUAUAUGACCUUCUCAGCCAGCCCUUACUCGGAUCCAAUCCCAGGACCAGAACCUAUUUCUCAGGAGAAACCUGAAAUGUUGUGGGUCAUGGGCCCGGUGUUGGCCGUGGUCCUCAUCAUCAUCAUCGUCAUCGCCAUCCUGCUGUUCAAGAAGAAACGGGCCUCGCCCCUGCCCAAGGACGAGCACUCCGGUGGGGUCAAAGACUCUCUGCUGGCCAACUCCUCCGACCCGGUGGAGAUGAGACGACUCAACUACCAGACGCCAGGUCCCAGCUCUCAUCGCUGCCCCAACACUCCAAGAAUGAGGGAGCACCCGCCCAUUCCUGUCAUUGAACUAGCCGACCACAUAGAGCGCCUGAAGGCUAAUGACGGCCUCCGCUUUUCCCAAGAGUAUGAGUCUAUUGAUCCAGGCCAGCAGUUUACCUGGGAGAACUCCAACAUGGAAGUAAACAAGCCAAAGAACCGCUAUGCAAACGUCAUCGCCUAUGACCACUCCAGAGUAGUGCUCACCUCUGUUGAUGCUGUUCCAGGAAGUGACUACAUCAAUGCCAACUACAUUGAUGGCUACAGGAAGCAGAACGCAUACAUCGCCACACAGGGGCCACUGCCAGAGACCCUGAGCGACUUCUGGAGGAUGGUGUGGGAGCAACGGUCCAACACCAUUGUCAUGAUGACCAGACUGGAGGAGAAAUCCCGGGUGAAGUGUGACCAGUACUGGCCUUCACGAGGAACAGACACCUACGGCAUGAUCCAGGUCACCAUGCUGGACACGGUGGAGCUGGCCACGUACAGCGUCCGUACGUUCGCCCUCUACAAGAAUGGGUCCAGUGAGAAAAGAGAGGUGCGCCAGUUCCAGUUCAUGGCUUGGCCGGACCACGGGGUGCCAGAGUACCCCACCCCCAUCCUGGCCUUCCUCCGGCGGGUGAAGGCCUGCAAUCCUCCUGACGCAGGGCCUAUGGUUGUGCACUGCAGCGCGGGCGUGGGCAGGACUGGCUGCUUCAUUGUGAUCGAUGCCAUGCUGGAGCGCAUGAAACACGAGAAGUCGGUGGACAUCUACGGCCACGUGACGUGCAUGCGUGCCCAGAGGAACUACAUGGUGCAGACCGAGGACCAGUACAUCUUCAUCCACGAGGCCCUGCUGGAGGCCGCCACCUGCGGCAACACCGAGGUGCCGGCCCGCAACCUGUACGCCCACAUCCAGAAGCUGACCCAGCCCCCGCCCGGCGAGACGGUCACUGCCAUGGAGCUGGAGUUCAAGAGACUGGCCAACUCCAAAGCCCACACGUCGCGCUUCAUCAGCGCCAACCUGCCCUGCAACAAGUUCAAGAACCGCCUGGUCAACAUCAUGCCUUUCGAGUCCACCCGCGUCUGCCUGCAGCCCAUUCGUGGCGUCGAGGGCUCUGACUACAUCAACGCCAGCUGCAUUGACGGCUACAGACAGCAGAAGGCCUACCUGGCUACACAGGGCCCACUGGCUGAGACCACCGAGGACUUCUGGAGGAUGCUGUGGGAACACAACUCCACCAUCGUUGUCAUGCUCACCAAGCUACGAGAGAUGGGACGGGAGAAGUGCCAUCAGUACUGGCCAGCGGAGCGUUCAGCCAGGUACCAGUACUUUGUGGUCGAUCCAAUGGCUGAAUACAACAUGCCCCAGUACAUCCUCCGAGAGUUCAAAGUCACAGAUGCCAGGGACGGCCAGUCCAGAACAAUCCGCCAAUUCCAGUUCACUGACUGGCCCGAGCAAGGAGUGCCAAAAACCGGGGAAGGCUUCAUUGACUUCAUUGGACAAGUGCACAAAACCAAGGAGCAGUUUGGACAAGACGGACCAAUCACUGUGCACUGCAGUGCCGGGGUGGGCAGGACCGGCGUCUUCAUCACCCUCAGCAUCGUGCUGGAGAGGAUGAGGUACGAGGGCGUAGUCGACCUCUUCCAGACCGUGAAGACGCUUCGCACCCAGCGGCCUGCCAUGGUGCAGACCGAGGACCAGUACCAGUUAUGCUACAGGGCAGCGUUGGAGUACCUGGGAAGCUUUGACCACUAUGCAACGUAACCACUCCCACGAAGCCGCCUCCCUGGUCAGACCUCUCAGGAGGGUGCCACGAGUCCCAUCUCAGCCACCAUCCACUCACUUGACCCCCCCCCC